GGUCACACCUAGCAGCUGAUUGUAGUUCUGUCUUCUUCACACCAUUUGCAUCGUCUACAAAAAAAAAGAAAAACAAUUGCUUCCAUUGCGGGGCAGGCAGCAAAGUUGCGUCCAAUAAUGGAGUCGCCUACGUUUUAUCCAGUGGCCAAGGAUUUUCAGGUCACAGGCAUCUCGCGGAGUGGACGCGUGCGCAAAAAGUCAUCGAAACUGUUGGACUUCGAAUCCCCGGAGGAGGUUGAGAAGAAGGCAAGACGCGGCCAGGGCAGGCCGCCAGCCAAGUAUCCAGGUCGAGGUCGCCCACCCAAUGCCCUGAGGGAACGGGAGGCCGAACUGGAGCGGGCACUCGAGCAUGAGAUGCUGUUUGAUGAUCACAAUCUAUCCGAGACAGAAUUACACAUACCCGCCCCGACAAUGGGCAUCGUGCUGAUGAACUCCGACGACGAGCUGGACAACCUGGUGCAGGAUCUGGUCGACGGCGUCGAAGCGGAGGCCACCAACAACGAGUCCACCAUGCGCCAGAGCCUCUACAUGCGCGAGAAGACCAACAAUCGCAAGAUACUCAAGGCUGGCAAAGUGGUCACCGGAAAGCCGUAUCGCAAGGACAAGGGCAAGACGCGAUACACAGCCUACAGCCUGUGGGCGCGUGAGAUUCGCAAGAGGGACUUCCAGGAUCUGGACUUUUCCAAUGCCGCCAGACGCCUCAGCGAGCUGUGGGCGAAUGUUUCGAAUAGGGAGAAGAUUGCCUGGCGACGGAAGGCAAAGGUCCAGUCCACAAAGGCCCGGGCACGCGAGAAGAACGGUCUGCCGCCCCUGCCCACAGCCAGCAAUGGUAGCACAGCAGCCCCAGAGCCGCCACUGCCCGAGGGGAACUUUGUGAACCGUGCAACGACAAGUCGCACCCGGAAACUGGCCGCCGAUCGACUUGAGUCGGCGACUACGGCGCCAUCAACACAACAACCGACGACGCCGCCAGCGACAUUGACUGGUGGACCGAGGCGCAACACAACCCGCAGCUGCAAAGGGCGUCUGCCAUCGGCUACCAGUAGAUCUUCGACUGGGAAAAAGCCACCCGCCGUGCUGCACUCCCCCUCGGACACAGAGCUGUCGCCGGGAACGGGAACGGGCACGGGAAGCCAGCGGGAAUACCAGCUGCCGUCGGAGAAAUCCAAUAUCGCGGCUAUCGAUGCGGCGGCCCACCUCAAGCUGCUCGGCGAGAGCCUUACGGUGAUCGGGGAGCGCCUUAAGAAGCACAACGGACAUGUGGCCCUCUCGGGCAGCCUCUCCGUGCUGCUGGACAGCCUGCUCUGCUCCAUGGGGCCGCUCCUCUGCAUGACCACGCAGAUACCGGGCCUCGAGAAUAAGCCCCAGCUGCGGAACAAUCUGGCCAAUACGCUGGACAACAUUGCAUACGUGAUGCCAGGACUCUGAAUGCUACACACACACACACAC